AUGCCUGUGGACAUUCCUCCAAACCAAAACCAAAGUACCCCACUGGGAGAGACAGAAACAUCUAGUACCCUGAAACAUCUACUAGACAGGCUGCAGAAAUUCCUGAAGGGGAAUCUAGAAGCACUGGGGAUGGCUCAGAUUAUGAUUGGUGUGAAAUGCUUCUUUUAUGGGAUAAUUGGAUUUCUUGUUCCUAAUUCUGAAAUGUACAGAAUCAUUUUCUUCUCAAUUUACACAGGCUUCUCUUUCUGGGGGGCAUUGUCUUUUAUCGUUUCUGGAAGUCUGACUGUUGUGUCUGCCAAGAAGCAAACAAAAUCACUGCUGAGAGGGAAUCUAGGUGCUAACAUUCUCAGCACCUUGGUCUCGAUUAUUGGGAUCUGUAUUCUGUCAUACAAUUUAACAAAAAAUUGCCGCUAUGAUUGCAAGGAGGAAACUUUCUGUUUGGGCGUCAAAUCAAUUGCAACUGAACUUGUGAGUGUCCUGAUUAUCCUAACUUGUCUGCAAAUUUUAAUUUCAUUACCUCUCUCCAUGCUCAACUAUAAUGUGGAUGACAAGAAUAUUCACUGGAAUUUGGUUGCUUGUGAUUAUGGGACCGAGAUGGUUGGCCAGGAGUCACUUAUGUUCAGCUCCUAG